ACACUCAGAGAGACCAGACCCACCUUGAGCACUCACCGUCACACAUUCCCUGGCACAGUUCCAUCACCUUCAGCUCCUGCCACCUCUCCCCAGCAACACUGCCACCCUUUCCCAAAUUCCCAGAGCUGCAGCCUUGCCCUGUCACUCACCCCAAAUCCACCAUGUCCCUGGGGCCACUGAAAUUCCAGGCAGUAGGUGAAGAAAAUGAAGAGGAUGAGGAGGGAGAGAGCCUGGACUCCGUGAAGGCACUGACGGCCAAGCUACAGCUGCAGACACGACGGCCCUCAUAUCUGGAGUGGACAGCCCGGGUGCAGAGCCAGGCCUGGCACAGGACCCAACCCAGACCCGCGCUGGGGGGCCCUGGGACCCUCUGCGGCUUCGACUCAAUGGACUCUGCCCUAGAUUGGCUCAGACAGGAGCUGCGGGAGAUGCAGGCUCAGGACCGGCAGCUGGCAGGACAGCUGCUUCGGCUGCGGGCCCAGCUGCACCGGCUGAAGGUGGACCAAGCCUGUCACCUGCACCAAGAGCUGCUGGACGAGGCCGAGCUGGACCUGGAGCUGGAGCCGGGGGCCGGCCUUGCCUUGGCCCCGCCGCUGCGGCACCUCGGCCUCACGCGCAUGAACAUCAGCGCGCGACGCUUCACCCUCUGCUGAGCCACACCUGCACCUCCUGAGACCUCCCGGGAAGGGGAAAGGAGGGGUGUCCCAGAGGUGCCAGCACCUCGCAAAGCGUGCUGGGAGGGUUGGGAGAUCACUCAGCUUUCUGGGAGCAUAAAGGCCCCUGCUGCCUUAGCUUGGGAAGGGGGAGUUGGAGGAAGGCGAGAGGCUCGCCGACCCCCAAGCUCUUCAAUAAAGACCCUCUCUGCUUCCCAUCAAGGUCUCUGCAGUCAUUUAUUCAGGCCCAAGGUCGUUGUGUGUCAUCUGUAGCU